UUGAGAAAGGGAUAUAUCAUAUAUUCACCUACUAACUUGAACAGGGAAAGGUGGAAAAAGCAUAGGUCAAAAUUACCUGUAGCAGUUGAUGUGAGCGGGAAACGCUGGUGUGCUUACUUCCAGACUCUAGAUUAUGGUUUUUAUCUGUUGGUUUUAUGGGCCAUUUAUCACUUCUAUGGUCUAAUUACAUAUUGGGCUUUUAGCAUGGGCUAAGAAAAGCGCAGUCAGGGUAGCCUACUUGCCCACUCCCUCCUGCUACUUUCUUCCGUCCCAGAAGCUUAUCUCUUCAAAAUCUCUGCUUGGUGGAAAUGAGCUCCUUGGCGUUUUCAGUUGGGAAUUUCUCUCCUAGGAAGCUAAACACUCUUGUGAUAAAGAAUGUCAAUACAACAGGAGUAUCCUUUAUUGAAUUUUCAAGCAACCACAAGGAGAGCUGGUCUCUUCCACAACUGCAGCUAAAUGAGAAGCCAACUUUGCUCAGGAGAAGAGAAGCGGUUGGUCUUAGUUUCUGUUUCGGCUUUCUUGAUGUUCUCUUGCAGCAACAAAGUGCUGCAGCUAUUGAAGCAGCUCCUUGUCAACUAACUGUAGCUCCUUCUGGUCUUGCUUUCUGCGACAAAGUUGUAGGGACUGGCCCUGAGGCUACCAAAGGACAGCUGAUAAAGGUAAUGAUAAGUAUUCUGUUGUCAUCUUGCAUCAUGGUCAUCAAAGGCUGGGAUCAAGGUAUUUUGGGUGGUGAUGGAGUUCCUCCCAUGCUUGCUGGUGGAAAACGCAUACUGAAGCUUCCUCCAGAACUUGGAUAUGGCAUGAGAGGUGCUGGGUGCAGAGGAGGUUCAUGUAUUAUUCCUCCGGAUUCAGUUCUCCUGUUUGACGUAGAGUUCAUAGGCAAGGCAUUUUUACUGAUGAAUGACAAAACAACGGAGAAUUUCUGCUAUCCUUUUGUCGUGAAUUGUCAUUGAUUGAAUUCUCAUGAAUUGAACAAACUCAACAUUUAGAC